CCGCCCUUAGAAGCGCUUCCGGGCCGGGCGCAGGCGCAGCGCGGGGCCGUGACGGGGCGGUGGCGGCUCAAGAUGGCUGAGGUGGAAGAAACACUGAAGCGAAUUCAGAGCCAAAAGGGAGUGCAGGGAAUCAUUGUUGUGAACUCGGAAGGUAUUCCUAUCAAAAGUACUAUGGACAACUCCACAACAAUUCAGUAUGCAGGCCUCAUGCACAGCUUCAUCAUGAAAGCGAGGAGCACCGUGCGAGACAUCGACCCCCAGAAUGACCUCACCUUCCUGAGGAUUCGCUCCAAGAAAAAUGAGAUCAUGGUAGCACCAGGUAAAAAUAAAGACUACUUCCUGAUUGUCAUCCAGAAUCCAACUGAAUGAUUCCACUGACCUGGUCUGUUUUUUCCCUUUGCCCAACUGUUGUUUGUUUUUUUCUUUAUUUUUUUUAUUUAAUGGUAAAGAGUAAAGCAUUAGUGUGAACUCUGCUAUGUCUGGGAAAACAAAAGUGGAUGGUUUUGUUGUUUACAGACAGAAAAAGUGGCUUUUGUUUUUUUUGUAUUGCAAAUCACUUUGAGGAGUUGGUGAAUUAGAAUCAGGCAGUAAAAAAUGCAACAGAUUCUUUUAAUAGUUAGCAAGAUAAUGUAAUAAAAUUCUAAUAAUGUUCUAAAAAAGGUGAUUCUCUGUAUGUUCUUGUGCUUCUGUCACCACUAUUCAAGAUAGGCUUUGACACUAUUACUUCUGAAUGACUGUAAAUAUGAAACUUGCCUGUUCUCUAGUUCUGUCUUACUCUAUUGACAAGUUAUUUUGACACAAAGUAUGACCAUAUCAAAUUAAAAAGUGUCAUCAUUGA